AUGUCGUCUACAGUCAUCGCUCCUAGUAGCGCAGCUGGUCGGGCUAUAAAGAGGCAAAAGGCAUCUCCUGCUGUAGACUCGUUAUUGUUUGAUCACGAGGAUGUUUGGACAAACGGUAUCUUUCCAUUUUUGGGGAUGGGACACUAUGCGUUUGUUGGAGCUAUCAGCAAACAAAUGAAUCAGCUCUACAAGAGUUACUGUAAAAAGGUUGAAAAUCCCCCAUUGGUGAUGGGAUCCAAGAAAUUCGGGUCCACGUGCAAGUGGCAGGCUAUCGUAGCCACAAGCACAGAUACAUUUUACAGUAAUGCUUUCUAUAAUGUAUCCUGUGCGGAGUACUGGGACAAUUAUGAUUGCCUCCGCAAAAACCCCGAAAACUUCCUUGUCUGUGCUGCAAUUGCCAAGCUUGGGAACCUUAGAAUUCUUCAAUGGGCCCGCAACACAAACUUUCCAUGGGGAUCAUCGACGUUUGCAGCCGCAGCAGAAAAUGGAAAUAUGACGGUCCUCAGGUAUCUUCAUCGACAGGGUUGCCCAUCGAAUGCGCGCACAUGUGCUCAUGCUGCUUUAGGUGGUCACCUUGAGGCAAUCAAAUGGCUCAAGAAAAAGGGAUACCAAUUGGACGCAUUGACAUGUGCACAUGCUGCGAAAGGUGGGCAUCUAAAUGUCCUCAAAUGGGCCAGAAACAAUGGCUGCCCAUGGGAUGCAAUGACAUGUCAUGAAGCAGCGGUCGGUGGUCAUCUGGAAAUUCUAAAGUGGGCUCGUGAAAAUGGGUGUCUAUGGGAUGUUACAACAUGUGGUGGUGCCGCUUACCAUGGCCAUUUGGAGGUUUUGAAGUGGGCUAGACAAAACCGAUGCCCAUGGAAUGAAAUCAUAUGUGCUCAUGCUGCUCGAAAUGGGCACUUGGAAACUUUGAAAUGGGCGAGAGAAAAUGGCUGUGAGUGGGAUACAAGGACAACCGCUAGUGCGGCUGAAAAUGGCCACCUGGUGGUCUUGAAGUGGGCACUUGCACAUGGAUGCCCAAUCGACAUAGGCGCGUCUAGACAGGCAAAUUUUGGAAACCAAGACGAUGUAUUACAGUGGCUACAUGACAAUGGCUACCCUGAGUAUCGUCAUUGGUAUGACUAG